CAAGAACCAAGCCCCAACAGGGACCCAAGACACCUCGGAUCCGGCGCAGACAACGCACGACCAUGGUCGAAAUUGCCGACAUCAAUACGCAAGCCAGCCCCAAGCGGCCGGUCACUCCUCCCAUGCCAGUCCGGCAGGCAGAUGAAUCGCAACUCGCAUUUCUCGAACGUCUCCAACAUUACACGGAGACUGCUGCAGCCGAACUUCGCAAAUGGGAAAAGGAGGAGGCCGCCCGCCAGCACGCAAUUCAGCAUCAGCUGGAAGGGCCAAAGCAGCAUGUCAGCAGGCCGCAGCCGAAGCAGCAGCAGCCACACGGUUUGCAGCAUCAGCAGGUCGAGGCAAGUCCGAAUCAAGCUCGUUACCAGGCCACAAUGGACCUCACAAAAGAUGAAGCCAUGUACAGCAGGCUACUUCGACGGCAGCACUUCCAAACAACAGAAGAACAAGAGGAGCCGACCGAGGAAGAGAGCGACAAGGAAUCCACAACAGUAUUGAUGGAGAAUUUGUUGUACACGUGCAAUUGGCAGCAACGCGAACUGCUGGUCAUGCGGCAGAUCUUCAUCUGCUACGAAGCAACUUUCCGGUCGAUAGACCUGAAGAUCGCGGCAUUGCAGGCCGAGAACAGCACAUUGCAGGACGCCAACAGCCAGCAGCAGACCAUCAACGACCAGCUGCAGACCAUUGUCAGCACAGGGUUGGCACGACUGUCUGCAGUCGAGUCGACGGGUAGUGCAGUGGCAGACUGCAGCCCAACUUUGGCCGCUCAAGACAAGCAACUCGAGGAGCGGAUCAACCACAUGGUAGCAUCCCUUGGCGACAUCAGCACGUUUGCUGGAGCAUCGACAAUCAGCAAUCAGCUGCAGACGCUCAGCGACCACGUUCAACAACGAACGGCCGCCGUCGUCAAGGAAUGGGAGAUGCCGGACUUCAAGAUUGAGAAGUUCGACGAUUACCACAAGACCGAUCUGCUGCAGUGGUGGAUGGCGUUCAACGCAGAGGCAGACGUACAUCACGCCCCACCCAAACGGCGGCUUGACGCACUUUACCUCCAACUCAUUGGAGGGGCGCAGGCUUUCAUGACUCGCAUGGCCGUCACGUUGGAGUGCACCAUUGCCACCCUCCACACCAAGAUCACGUGGGAAGAAUUCGAGAAGAAGUGGAAGACCCGGUUCAUGGUCAACAACGACAAACGUUGACGGAGUGGCAAAGACUCGUCGCCACCCUGGAGUUAAACUUGCCGUUCGACGCAAUCCGGGCUG